AUGGCGCCGUGUACGGCGGCAGCUCCCUCCUGCGUGGUGCCCGCGGCGAUGAUGCGGUGCGGGGGAUGGGGCCGGGGAGCGGGGGCGGGGAGAGACGCUCUAAACAUUUGUCUCGGAAUAUUUAUCGCCGCGCCACGCCGAGUAUAUCACCCGGCGGCUAUUGUGGCAAUUGAUCAGGCGCCGCCGCGCCCCGCGACGGAU